CCCUCCACUUGCCCUCCUGUCUCUCCCAGCCUCAGCGACAAACAUUUUCCUCACCACAAUCUCUCCCACUUGCUUGCCGAGCUUCCUUUCGCACUAAACACCAACAGCAAUUAAUCUAAUCAUUAUGGCGCUUCCGAAGCGGAUUGUGAAAGAGACCGAAAGGCUGAUGGCGGAGCCUGUCCCCGGUAUUAGUGCUGUUCCCCACGAGGACAACCUUCGCUAUUUCGACGUCGAGAUCCACGGCCCUUCGCAAUCGCCAUAUGAGGGUGGUGUCUUCAAGCUCGAACUCUUCCUCCCCGAUGACUACCCCAUGACCCCUCCCAAGAUCCGCUUCCUUACCAAGAUCUACCACCCCAACGUCGACAAGCUGGGGCGCAUCUGCCUCGACGUCCUCAAGAACAACUGGUCCCCCGCCCUCCAGAUCCGCACCAUCCUCCUCUCCAUCCAAGCCCUCCUAGGCGCCCCCAACCCCGACGACCCGCUCGCCCCCGACGUGGCCAAGACCUGGAAGGAGAACCCCAGCGUUGCCGUCGCCACCGCCCGGGAAUGGACACAGCAGUACGCCUUGCCAUCCCAGUAGGGUCGGAGGCUGGCACCAGGACUCAACGAAAUCCCGGGACAGGGCGGCUAAUGCGCCGACAUGUGACCCAAAUGGAGGAAACUUUGACCCAUAACGGUUCGGGCCUUAGGACGGCCAUUGGGUUCUAGAUUACAAUUGAGCACAGGAGCAGCUGGUUGUUGUGGCCUUGCGGCAGAGAUGGAUCACCAAGGCCAACAAGUGGCUGUGGCAAUAAAAACAGAGAGAUCAUGAAGGAAAGCAGUGGAAGAAGUCGGUCUAGCUAGGUGUUUGUGUGAAGCACGGCGCUGGUGGUGUAUCAUGCACACGCCCACGGUGCAUACGGAACGCACAAAGAGAGAGCCUGUGAGAGGGGAAUGAGGAAGGGACUGCAGGCUACACGAGAGAAGGAGAGACAACGAAUACUGGAUCGAUGGACGAGGAAGGGGCACGUAUGAUGGGAUGAGUGGAGGAUGCUAUGGUGGAUGCAACAGCCACGCGGCGCCAAGGCAGACACUGGAAGGAGGAGUUUUCCAACAUAGAGAACAUCCUUUGGAAGCGUUGUGUUUUCAGGUGGUUUUUUUUUUUCCCGCAGCGAUAGAGUACCGGGUAGGUCUUUUCAAAUACUACAUACAUAUCUUGCAACAUGGCUGCUGUUCGGAUUUGCGUCUGAGAGUGAGCCUUCCUUGGUAGGCCGAGUAGGUAUUCUAGGCAGUUCAGUAUGAAGAAUAGAUUAGUCGGGUUUUG